UCUAUCCGCGUAGGUACAUAAAGCUAUGGCACUGAUUUGCAUCUUAUCCUGAUAAUAUAAAUCAUUUAUUGAUGUUUUAUUAGUGUUUAUUGCAAUAUGAUUUUAUGAGAAUUUUCAGAAAACUUAUGAAUGUGGUGAAUUUGCAUGGAUUGUUGGUGGUUAUACGUCCGUGAUCAGACGAGAGUACUACCUGUGCACUUGCAUAUACCCGUUGAACUUGAGGGUGGGAUGGUUUUUCUCAGCUUCCAAAUUUUGAUUAGUUCUUUACCUGUUUUUUUAUAGGUCGUCUGCUAAAAUUAGGUUUGGGCGUGUUGAGAAACCCGACUCAUUAUCGUCCCUACUCGUCCUCUCAAAUGUAAAAUUGCAGGAGAGAGCUCGUCUGGUAAAAAUUCAAAGUUGAGAGACUUAAUUUGUUAGACUAUACAAAAUAACAGUAGUUGAAUGAUAAAUUACCAAAUGAUGAUUAAAAAAAAGGUAUAUAUAUUAUAAUUAUGAGGACCAUGACAGACGACAAACGUUAUGAAACAUGAUUGAAGAAUCAUGACAGUAAACGGGACGGGGCGCGUGCAACUGAGCCAGCGGUGGGGACGCGCGUGGCGGUUGGGGGGGUGGGGGGAAUAAAGUCAAAAACGGGACGGCGUAAUGGCAAAACCCCGAUCAUAACGGAACCUUCCCCCCCUUUAUUUCUCUCUCUUUCCCCAGACGUAAUUUUUUUUUUUGUUCUGCUCGAAAACGAACUUCCGUUUUCUGUCCCCUUCCUUCUUCUCCAUUCUUUUCCUUCCUCUCGGUUUCCAAUACCAAUAAAGAGGAAACAGAGCAGAGUUGCAGAGAGAGACUCUCAUCGCCGCCGCCAUGCAACCGCCCCGGCGAGAAAGAAACCCACAAUAACCAGCUUUUUGCUCGCCGAGAAUCUUUGAACCCCAAAAAAAAAAAAAAAAAGAAAGAAAAGCAAGAGAAACACGCUUUCUCGGAAAAUCCUUUCCUUCAGUGUGGCAACUGGCAAAAUCUUCCGAUUUUGACCAAAACCCCUCCGUCGUCGUCUUCGAGCUCCCAAUUUUCUCACCCAUUUUUAUUUUUCUCCUCGGUAACCAAACAGGAGCCGAAGUCGAGACAUGAGUCAAAAAAGUCAACCUCUCUGUUCUCCAUGGUAAUAAUCCCUUCCCCGGCUUGAACUUUCUUUCUCGCGGAAAUUUCUCGGCUGCCAAACAAAAAGGGGCAACUGGGUAAUGGCUAUUUGUCUCCCCGCCCAAAUGGGUAAAGAAUUUGGAUGGAGAUUGCUGACGGUGGUAGGGGUGACUUUUGCUCUGGCUGUGACAUUCCAAUUCCUCGAACUCCCAUACGGCGUCGUUUUGCCGUCCUCCUCCGCGCCUUCUUCCCCCGACGAGGCGCCAGGGCAAGGAAUUGGUAGCGGUAGUAGUGUUAGUGCCAAUGUUGUUGCUGUAAAUUCCACCACUCUCCAUCCUGCUCUGGAGGAAGUGGCGGACAGCGAUGGGUUUGUCUAUGAAGGAAUCAUGAACAACAACAGGUCUUCCACGGAGUUUGAUUUGUUACAUGAAUGGCUGGUUGAUGCGAAUUCGAGUUCGACAUUGUCUCCUGAGGCUGCUCCUGAUCAGGAAAUUGAUGAUGAUGGUGAUGGUGAUCCAGAAGGGAUUUCUAGUGAUCACUUUGUGUCUGAACGAAUCACGGGGUUGAAGAAUGAUUCUGCAGCUGAAAGCAGCAGCAAUUUGCAAGGGGAAAAUGUCACUGUUGCAGCUGAUCGAGAAGAAGCGAAAGAAGGAACUUCUGUUGUUGCAGCUGUCCCCACAUCACCAAUGGAGGUGGAGCCUAGCAGCAGUGUGAAUCCUGCAGGUUCACCUGUUGGUGAUGUCGUUGCCAUGGCGCCUAGUGUACGUGAAGAAGAAGAAGAAGCAAGUGUAAAGCAGGACAGCAAUGUCACGUCUGACAAAGUACUGCAAGCUGCUGAUGUAACCAAACCUGCAGAGGUUUCUCCCCCUCCUCCUCCUCCACCACCAGCAGCACCAGCAGUUUUUACGAUUUCGGAGAUGAACAAGUUGAUGCUUCAGAGUUUGUCCUCUCCGAAUUCGAUAAGACCGCGAUGGCCUUCACCUGCUGACGGAGAGCUUGUGCGUGCUCGAUCACAGAUCGAGAAUGCGCCCAUUGUGAGAGAUGACCCAAUGCUCUAUGCUCCUCUCUACCAUAACGUCUCCAUGUUCAAGAGGAGUUAUGAACUGAUGGAGAAGAUGCUGAAAGUGUACGUUUACAGGGAAGGAGAAAGGCCUAUAUUCCAUCAGCCGGCACUAAAAGGAAUCUAUGCCUCCGAAGGAUGGUUCAUGAAGUUCUUGGAAACCAGCAAGAAAUUCGUCACGAAAGACCCACGAAAGGCUCACCUGUUCUACCUGCCUUUCGGUUCUCGCAACCUGGAGGAAACCCUCUACGUCCCUGGUUCGCACAGUCACAAGAACCUCAUACAGCACCUCAAAAACUACCUGGACAUGGUUGCUGCAAAACACCCCUUCUGGAACAGAACAGAUGGCGCGGAUCAUUUCCUCGUCGCUUGCCACGAUUGGGCACCAGCUGAAACAAAACAGUACAUGUCGAACUGCAUACGCUCCCUCUGCAAUGCAGACAUCAAGGAAGGAUUCGUCUUCGGCAAGGACACAUCCCUCCCCGAGACCUACGUCCGAAACGCGCAGAAGCCACUACGAGACCUCGGCGGGCAGCCACCAUCGAAGCGAUCGACGCUAGCUUUCUUCGCAGGCAAUAUGCACGGCUAUGUUCGCCCGAUCCUGCUGCAGCAUUGGGAGAACAAGGACCCAGAAAUGAAGAUCUAUGGCAACAUGCCGAGGUCGAAAGGGAACAAGAACUACAUCAACCACAUGAGGAGCAGCAAGUACUGCAUUUGCCCCAAAGGCUACGAGGUGAACAGCCCGCGAGUCGUGGAGGCCAUCUUCCACGACUGCGUCCCUGUGAUCAUCUCGGACAACUUCGUGCCGCCGUUCUUGGAGGUGCUGAACUGGGAGUCGUUCGCCGUGUUCGUGAUGGAGAAGGACAUACCGGAUUUGAAGAGGAUACUGGUCGGGAUCCCGGAGAGGAGGUAUCUGCAGAUGCAGAUGAGGGUGAGGAAGGUCCAGCAGCAUUUCUUGUGGCACCCUAGGCCUGUGAAGUAUGAUGUGUUUCAUAUGGUGCUUCAUUCCAUUUGGUACAACAGAGUGUUCCGGAGUUGACGGGCUGAUAGUCCCCUGACUCCUGUCAUAGGUUAGAUGUUCGUUAUUUUCUUACUACGUUUGAAAAAAAAAUUCAAAAAUAUUCCGACAGAAACAAGAAGAUACAAGAAUAGAAACAAGAUCAAAACAGACAAAAAAAAUAAUGAUGGAUGAUGAUCAACAAGUUGUUGAACCAACGAUGAAUUAGCUUUCUACUCUUUACUAGGAGAAAGUCAUGGACCGAAUCCUCGCUGAAAUGGAAAUGAGUGUAGUGGUCGAUUAUGCCACUAUCACAUUUGCCAUAUCUUUUGCGUAUAUAAUUAGCUUUGCAACAAUUCUUACACAUUUUGUAACAUUUUAGUUGUGAGAAUUAAAAUGAAGAUGUAUAGAUAAA